GCGGCGCGCAGGGCCAUGUCGGCGCCGUGCCUGCGCCUGCCCGCCGCCGGGUCAGCACCGGCGGAGGCGGACAGCGCCGGCGGCAUGGAGCCGCCCGCCGCCGCCGGGGCCGGGGCCGCCACCCUGGAGCUGGCCCUGGAGGAGGAGCUGGCGCUGCUGGCCGCCGCCGGGGAGCCGCCGGAGCCGCCGCCAGCCGCCGCUGCCCGCGACCCCGAGCUGCUCUCGCUGAUCCGGCAGAAGGAGAAGGACCUGGUGCUGGCGGCGCGGCUGGGCAAAGCGCUGCUGGAGCGCAACCAGGACAUGAGCCGCCAGUACGAGAGGAUGCACAAGGAGCUCACCGACAAGCUGGAGCACCUAGAACAAGAGAAACAUGAACUGAGGAGGCGAUUUGAGAACAGAGAAGGAGAAUGGGAAGGAAGGGUGUCUGAACUGGAAAGCGAUGUGAAGCAGCUGCAGGAUGAGCUGGAGAGGCAGCAGGUUCACCUGCGGGAAGCUGACCGUGAGAAGACACGGGCUGUCCAGGAACUCUCCGAACAGAACCAAAGACUCCUGGACCAGCUCAGCAGGGCGUCAGAGGUGGAGAGGCAGCUCUCCCUGCAGGUCCACACGCUCCGGGAGGACUUUCGGGAGAAGAACUCCUCCAGCAGUCAGCACAUCGUGCGGCUCGAAAGCCUCCAAGCCGAGGUGAGUGACCUGCACUCCAUGCUGACGGACAGGAAGCGGGAGCUGGAGCAUCGCCUUAGUGCCAUGAUGGAGGAGAAUGACCUGCUCCAGGGAACCGUGGAGGAGCUGCAGGACCGAGUCCUCAUCCUGGAGAGACAAAGCCAUGACAAGGACCUGCAGCUGCACCAAAGCCAGCUGGAGCUCCAGGAGGUGCGUCUGUCCUACCGGCAGCUGCAGGGCAAGGUAGAAGAGCUCAGUGAGGAGAGAAGUCUCCAAAACUUCAACACAACCAGCACAUCCCUGCUGUCUGAGAUAGAGCAGAGCAUGGAGGCAGAGGAGCUGGAACAAGAACGAGAACAGCUGAGGCUGCAGCUCUGGGAAGCAUAUUGCCAAGUGCGGUAUCUUUGCUCCCAUCUCAGAGGAAACGACAGUGCAGACUCAGCAGUCUCUACAGACUCCUCCAUGGAUGAGUCUUCAGAAACAUCAUCAGCCAAAGAUGUUCCAGCCGGCAGCCUACGGGCAGCGCUCAGCGAGCUGAAAAGACUGAUACAAAAUGUGCUGGAUGGGGCAGACUCCACGAGCUCUCGACGAAGCGACGAUGAUGCCUUAGAGGAACAGAUCAGGAGAACAAGCGAGGACUCGCGAGCCCUGAGGGAAUUAAUGGAGGGAGAACGGGGGAAACUGAGGCAGAGUUUGGAGGAACUGCAGCGACUGCACAGCCAGGUCACGCUACUGAGUGUAGAAAUGACGACACUGAAGGAGGAACGGGACCGGCUGCGAGGUGCUGCUGAAGACAAGGAGACAAGUGAAAGGCUCCUGCAGGCCAUCAGGGACCGGGAUGAGGCCAUUGCCAAGAAGAACGCGGUGGAGGUGGAGCUGGCCAAGUGCAAGAUCGACAUGAUGUCCCUCAACAGCCAGCUGCUGGAUGCCAUCCAACAGAAGGUGAACCUCUCGCAGCAGCUGGAGGCCUGGCAGGAUGACAUGCACAGGGUCAUUGACCAGCAGCUGAUGGACAAACACCCGAAGGAAUGGAGCCAGCUUGCUUAUUCCUUCUCCAGUGGCUCCGGCACAAAGCGGAGUGCCAAGCCCUCCCCCAUGUUCAGGCCAGAGCAGCAGGGGGACGAGCCCACUGCGGCAGAAGGGAACCGUCUCUUUUCCUUUUUCAAGAAAAAUUAAGUUGAAAAAGAGAAACCUCUCCAACGAUUCCUGCUUCCAGACGGGGAGUGGGGCAGCUGCCCAGCUUGCUGCUGGACCCAACUCUGAUCCACCAAGGAAAAAAGAAGGGGGCAAAGGAGUUAUCCCUUGAGACUCUGCACUAUUUACACCGCACCUGGUCUGAACCAAAUGUUUACAUGAAUUGGAGAUUAGCAAAUUGACAAUGUGAUACUAACAGAGAGACACUUUUCUUUAAGUGAAGUGAUAAACUUCAGGGUAUAUUGUAGGCGCUUUGACACGGUCCAGUUUCUGCUGUGAAGAAUAAUCUGAUUGUCUUAAAAGCAUUCUCAUGCUGGAGAAGGAAAUAAGCAGCCCCAAGACAAAGCAGCACAGGGGACUGAGAACUGCUGUGGCAGCGAGCACAGGGGGAAGAAGAGGGCUGAAUGCAAGAGGAGAGGGGAGUCACUUGUACCACCUUCUGGUCCUGGCAGCUGUGAUCUCCUUCAUCCAUUCCACCAAGACUGGAGUUGCUCUGGCCCCAGCAUUCCCAUGUUUUGACAAGUGUAGCUUUCUCCAUGGUGGAAGUUGAGUCCUCAUUGAAUACCCUGCCACCUCCCCUGCAGCUCUGCGUAGCUGUUCCCCACCUCACUGAGAAUUCAGGCUCCUCACAGAUCAGGGCAGUUGUAAGAUUGCUGAUGUUACUGUCUUUUCUAGCUCCUUCCUCUUACAGAGAUGAGAGUUGCAGUCUGUAGCUACACAGAAUGUUAAGGAUUUCUUCCCAGACUGACCAUCUACAGUGAAUUACAGACUGGAUAAAAGUUGUGGAUGCUCAGUCGUGGGGCACCUACUCUCCCUCCAAUGGCCAAAGUUAGCUGUGGAGCUUCAGCAAGUCACACACCUUUC